GCGGGAAACAAAAAUGGCGUCAAAAAGAGUUAUGUACAGACCUGCACCACAAGAAAAUGUUGGUCAGCGUAGAAACAGAAAACCAUUAUCACAAGGACGUCUAUUAUCUGGAGAUGCUGCUAAAACAAAGCCUGCACAUCUUGUCAGUGGAGUUGAAGAAAAAAGUUCCAUCAUUAAGAAACCCCAGAGUCCAUACACGAGCUUUGUGUCAGAGAAGAAUAAUACAGCAGUAAAUCCAAGAAAGCUAGCACCAGGGCUUAUAGAAAAGCAUUCACCACACAGAAAAGACAAAGCUGAUUCCCUUGAUUUAUCUGACAGUGAAGAUGAUUUACCUGAUCAUUACAAGUCAAAGGACACAAGAGUUCACAAACAACUACCAUCAGAAGUUUUGUUGGUUGAUGCCUCACGACAGACUAAAGAUCCUAACCAAUCAGAGGUAGAUAUUAUGGUGGGCUUUGAAAGAUCUCCUGUCAGGGUGGUGUGUCAUUCUUUAGAGAAAGUGAACUCUGACCUCAGAUCAUCUAAAAGUAAAUCAGUUAAAGUAGACAGUAUGAACACCAUUAAGAUAACAAAAGAACUUCCUCAGAUCAAUGUUGAUAACUUAAGUCCAAGUGAGCCAUGCCGAUCCGUAGAUAACUUUAAUCUCCUAACACAGAUAGAAAAGGAUAUGAGAAUCAAUAGAUUACCUCAACCUAACUUUGAUGAUUCUCAAGAUUCUGACAUGUCGGAAAAACCUGCAGCAGACGACAAUCAAUCCAACCAUAGUGAAAGUGAUGUAUGUUCUGUUAAAGAUUUAGUCACAUCGAAAACAAAGGGCAAUACCAGAAAGAAAAGAAAACAAAGGGCAAUACCAGAAAGAAAAGGUAAAAACAAAGGGCAAUACCAGAAAGAAAAGGUAAAAACAAAGGGCAAUACCAGAAAGAAAAGUGCACCAGUGAAGAAAAAGUCACCAUUACCAAGUAAAACUCCACAGACAGCAAAGAAAAAAUCUAGUAGAAUAGUUGCAUCCAGGUACUUACAAGCUGCUGAUGCUAAAGUUAAAACCUCUCUAUCAGUGUUAUAUCCUAAGCCAACAAAGCCAGAUAGGAGCAUUUCAAAGGCUAGUAGAAGUAUGGAUUUUGCUCCAAAAUCUGCAAGGAAAAUAUCACGCAAAACCAAAGAUACAUCCAUAGAUUUUUCCCCAAGAACAGUCCAAAAACCAAAGCUUUCCAGUCGUGAUACAGGAACCAGUCAGAGUAAAGGCAAAGUUACAAGUCAAUCAGGAGAGAUGGGAAUCAGUAUGAAUAACAAUGGAGAUACUUCACACACACCAGACAACUCGCACAUGACAACUGGAGGACAGACGUCAACACCUACACAUGAUGGUUCAGAUUUCCCUAAUGAGAUCGAUGCUUCUGCAAUACAUCCAGAAAUAUCUGUUUUAUCUACUGGUUUAAGGAAAUCAGUAUGGCGUGAAGGCUCUAGAAUCAAUCAUUCUGUGUUGUCUAAUGUAUCUACACAUCUUCCACCAAAGAAAAAGAAACAAGCCAAACUAACACAACAUCAGUUAGACAUGUUGUAUGCUAGAUACAUUCAAUCUUUGUACUUGUCUACCAAAGCACAAAAAGUCAGGGAAGAACAAGAAAAACAAGCUAUGGCUCAGAUCUUAGGUAUAUACACAGAGGUAGAAAAACUGCAGAAAAAGAAUCAUGAAAUGGAUAAAGAAUUGAUGAGAUUAAAACAUCUGAAUGAAGUUGAUGUACAGAUUGAUUUGCAGCGACAGUCAUUAGGUCCUAUCGUGUCCAGUCUGCCACAGCUUACAAAGGAGUAUGAUACAUUAGCACAUGCACUGGAUACCACCCGGCAUCAGAUACCAACGAAAGGAGUGUAUAUCCCUGACGAUGAAGACCAGUUCCAACGAGAUCUAGAACAUGCUUUACUGGAGAGUGAACAGCUGUUAGGAGAGUUGUCUGUGAUGAUACGUAAAGAUCUACCGAGUGUGACUGCGAUGGCUAAUGCUUUGUCAACUAUGGAGAAAGCUACGGAGACCCAGGUGGAAGAACUAGUCAGGUGUAAUGAGAUGAUAGCAGCUACACAAAGUUUAACAAUUCAGGAAACAUCGAUGAAAAUUCAGGCAAUACAAGCAAAGGAGAUUGGUGCUUCAUGAUGUCAUAAUGGUGGACUAUAAACUUAGCAAUGACAACUCUGUUAAUGCAAUCUAAAUUAAAUGAUUUACUAAACUUCUCUAGUAGACAGUAGGCCAGAACUGAGAAAGUAGACAUUGACACUGCUUUUAGCAAAGUGACAAGGGAAUCUAGAUUUUGAACUAUUUAUUAAUGAAGAGUCUGUGAUAUUAUGAACAAUCAUAUAAAAGAAUUAGAUAACCUAUAACAAUUGA